CGUGGUACGAGCAUGAUACGUUUUUAGCGAGAGCGCGCAUCCUUCUGUGUGUGCAGCUGGAGCUGAGUUGGCGACAAUAAAAGGAUAAGCGGAACAGUUUUAACGUUGCUGUGAAAAGGAAAAUGGCGCAGCAGGGAAAUCAGCUGGACCGAGAAAAAAUCUCUUGUUCCAUCUGUCUGGAUCUACUGAAGAAUCCGGUGACUAUUCCCUGUGGACACAGCUACUGCAUGAACUGUAUUAACACUCACUGGGAUGGAGAGGACCAGAAGGGAAUCUACAGCUGCCCUCAAUGCAGGAAAACUUUCAAACCGAGACCUGUCCUGGAGAAAAACAUCACGUUAGCUGAUUUAUUAGAAGACCUGAUGAAGACUGGACUCCAAGCUGCUCCUGCUGAUCACUGCUAUGCUGGACCUGAAGAUGUGGCCUGUGAUUUCUGCUCUGGAAGAAAACUGAAAGCCAUCAAGUCCUGUUUAUUCUGUCUGGCCUCUUACUGUGAGAAACACCUUCAGCCUCAUUAUGAUGUGGCUCCAUUAAAGAAACACAAGCUGGUGGAGCCCUCCAAGAACCUCCAGGAGAACAUCUGCUCUCGUCAUGAUGAGGUGAAGAAGAUGUUCUGUCGUACUGAUCAGAAGUGUAUCUGUUAUCUCUGCUCUGUGGAUGAACAUAAAGGCCACGACACAGUCUCAGCUGCAGCAGAAAGGACUGAGAGGCAGAAAGAGCUGGAGGUGAGUCGACGACAAAACCAGCAGAGAAUCCGGGACAAGGAGAAAGAGGUGAGACACCUUUAUCAGGAAGUGGAGGCCAUCAAUCGCUCUGCCGAUAAAACAAUGGAGGACUGUGAGAAGAUCUUCACUGAGCUGAUCCGUCUCAUCCAGAAAAGAAGUUUAGAGGUGAAGCAGCAGAUCAGAUCCCAGCAGGAAACUGAACUGAGUGGAGUCAAUGAACGUCAGAACAAGCUGGAGCAGGAGCUCACUGAGCUGAAGAGGAAAGAUUGUGAGCUGUACAAGCUCUCACGUACAGAGGAUCACAUCCAGUUUCUACACAACUACCCCUCACUGUCAGCACUCAGUGAGUCUACACACUCAUCCAGCAUCAAUAUCCGUCCUCUGAGAUACUUUGAGGAUGUGACAGCAGCUGUGUCAGAGCUCAGAGAUAAACUACAGGACAUUCUGACAGACAGAUGGACAAACAUCUCACCGACAGUCACUGAUGUGGAUGUUUUACUGCCACAACGAGAACCAAAGAGCAGAGCUGGAUUCUUAAAAUAUUCAUGUGAAAUCACACUGGAUUCAAACACAGCACACUCAUGUCUGUUACUGUCAGAGAACAACAGAAAGGUGACUUUAAUGAAACAAAAACAUUGUUUUUAUAGUGAUUUAGAACAUCCAGACAGAUUCACCGGAUGGUGUCAGGUUCUGAGUAGAGAGAGUCUGAGUGGACGUUGUUACUGGGAGGUGGAAAUGAGAGGAGACCUUUAUGUAGCAGUUUCAUACAAGAAUAUCAGCAGAGCAGGGAAUAAAUGUAAAUUUGGACAUAAUGACAAAUCUUGGGCAUUAUUUUGUUUCCAAAAUGGUUAUAGAUUUUACUACAACAGAAUUGAAACCUCCAUCCCACUUCCUCGAUCCUCCAGAGUUGGAGUGGACCUGGAUCACAGAGCAGGUCUUCUGUCCUUCUACAGCGUCUCUGAAACCAUGACUCUCCUCCACAGAGUCCAGACCACAUUCACUCAGCCGCUCUAUGCUGGGGUUGGGAUGUGGGGUUCUCGAUGCUCUGCUGACUUCAUUAAAAUGAAAUAAAGUUAUUUUCUCUGUU